AUGUCAGGCAACCAAGCAGUAGAAGCCCAGGAUGAAAAGCGCAUGAUUUGCUUCCUAACUUUCAUCAAAUUGCUCAUUUUAACAGGAACCCAGGAUGGAGAAUUUCAGCCACCAUCAGCACUCAUGCCCAUCACAGAAAUCAUCACAUCCAUUCUAGCAGCAGCUGAUGGGCCAAUUACAUGCACAUUCCAGUUGCCAUCAGAACCCACACCUGCUGCAGAAAUAAGCAUACACUCUCUAGCAGUAGCUGAUGGACCUAUCACUCUAUUUGUAUCCACAUUUCAGCUAUCAUCAGCACUAACAUCCACUGCAGAAAUGAGCACACCCUCUUCAGCAGCAGCUGAUGGGGCUAAUCACUCCAAUUACAUUCACACCCCAGUUACCGUCAGGACCCAUGCCCAAUGCAGAACCAGCACAUUCAUUCUAGCAGCAGCUGAUGAGCCUAUUGCUUCAAUUACAUGCACAUCCCACUUGCCAUUGGGACCCAUGUCUGCUGCAGAAAUGAGCACACCCUCUUUAGCAGUAGCUGAUGGGCCUAUCACUUCAAUUAUAUUCACAUCCCAGUUGUCAUCAGGACUCACACCUGAUGCAGAAACUGGCACAUUCAUUCUAGCAGCAGCUAAUGGGCCUAUCACUCCAAUUACAUUCACAUUUCUAGCUGCUGUUGGCACCAACACCCACUGCAAAAUGAGCAUGUUCUUUCUAGUAAUGACUGACAAGCCUGAUUGCAACUGCAAUAUGUUGAGUUGUGCAAAAUGUACUCAAGAAGAAUAUUUCUAA